CAUACUCUUGUGGUACCGUCUUCAUCUGUGUAAACAUGGCGGAAAAACACGAAUCCGAUGGGCCGAAAUUAUCUGAGGUUUUUGAACGAGGGUGGAAAAUACAGAGGGAUGUAGAGAAAAGCGAUGAGCCGACGGGAUCUUCAAAGUUACAGGACCAAGUGAAAGCAGGGAUGGGGUUACUGGAGCAGGCUGCACACAUGGUGCGAGAACUCCAGCUCUUCAGUGAAAAUGAAGAGCUUCAGGAAGUGGCCACGUGCAACAUCAGAUACCUGCUGCUGCCAGCCCUGAUGAGUGACCUGACUAUGCGACACAUGGGUGAGGACAGGCUGGCUCUGGUGCAGAAGGCCAAGGAUUAUCUGACAGAGUUCCUGAAGGUCUGCAAGGCUUAUGGUGUGACUUCUGAGGAGUACCAGUCUGGUGAGUCUAGCAGCAGUAAGGCCGGCCCCACAGACAUGGCAGCCAUGUCCAGACAGAGGGAGGCGACCAUCGCUCGCUUCAGACAACAGAAGGAGAAGGAGCAGAAACUGGAGGCCAUGAGGGUUGCCAUGGAAACAAGGGAAGAGGAUGACGAAGUACAGCGUGAGUACUACACAUUGCUGGUACAGAAAUGGGUGUACACGGCCUUCAGAGAGCUGUCCAGUAUAGACCAGGAGCUGGAGAUUUUACACAUGAUGGCCAGUAGACAGCAGGGAAAACAAGACUCACAACCACAGGAACAGAAGAAGGCACAGCCACAUAGAAAGCCCCUGAAACCCUUCAUCCUGACCAGAGACAAGCUGCAGGCACAGGUGUUUGGUGCCGGCUAUCCCAGCAUCCCCACCAUGAGUAUGGACGAGUACCUGCAGAAGGAAGUACAGGAGGGAAAAAUCCCAGCCGAGGCACUAAACAGAGUCCCCGAGCCCACAGAACCAGGUGACUACAACGUGCGGCGAGUCGUUCCUGACGAGGCUGCGGAGGCGGAGAGGAAACAGAUGGAGGAGGAGGAGAAGGAAGAAAGAGACGACGAGGAACAGCUCAGGAAGCAGCGCGAAUUUGACGACUUCAAAGAUGAUCACAGACGAGGUUGGGGAAACAGACAGAACAUGGGCUGAGGUUCACUCCCAGGAUUCCACAGGCUGUCACCUCUGCGAGCUAAACAAAACUCGCUUCAUCAUUUUUUUACUCAGAAGUUCAGCAAAAAGAAAUCCAUCACUUUUGUAAUCAUAUUUUUCCUGACGGAUGCUACCAGUGCUGCAGUUGUCAGUCAUGGUCCGGAUCCCCCCCAUGCGACCCCAACUGUGAACCCAUCCCAACCUCCAGCCUCCAGAUUACUCUGGUCCUUUCUCCAACAGACUACAAACAAGGAACUAGCUGUACCUUAGCGCUGGCUAUAUACAGGAUAAAACCUCUGCAAUACGAACAGAACUUGUUUGAUUAUUCUGUACAUGUACUCGUGAAUUUUGCAGAGAAAAUACAUUGAGUCUGCACUCCUUUCUAUUCUACUGUGCAUGCCAUUUUAUUUAAUCGUUGUCCAUUUGCCAAAUUUCCAAUCCAGGACAACAGUAAAACUAUCAUAUAAUGCAGAUUAUAGCCACGAAUAAAGAAUUACAUACAGUUUGA